UAGAAUCGGCCGCCAAAUAAAUACACUCCCCCUCUCGCUGUGUGUCGUCGACUCUACACACCUACUGGUUUUCCCGCUCAAGCUAUCAUUCGCUCAGCAAAAGGUUGGCAAUGGUUACUUCCAGAGACAUUCAAGAAAUCGUUUCAAAGCUAUCAUCCGAUAAAGCCAAAGCUCGAGAAGAGGGAAUAAAAUUGUUGAAUACAUGGUUAGAAGGUGAAAGAUCAAUCGGAUUCUGCAAAUUUCUUGCACAGAAUACCUCAAGGCUUAAGCCAGAUGAAAUUCCUACUUCUGAAACAUGGCCUUUUCUUGUCAAAUUGCUUAUCCAAUGCGUGUCAUUAGAAAUAUCUGGUAGCAAGAGGCGAUUGCCAAAAUCUAUAUUUGCAAAAACACUUCGAAUUGUCAUCCAAAGGGCUGAAGAUUCAAAGUUCUCAGGCAAGAUGCCGCCUCUAUCACCUGUAGUGAAGACACUUUUUAAUCAUAUAUCCGAUGUCUUAAGCAAUAUUGCAAGCUUUCAGUCGGAAUAUGGGAUUAUUAUUCGACAUCUUGUGGCAGUCAGAGAUUAUCGGUUUCAAAUGAGAAGGCGGAUUUAUUGCAGCCUGGUGCUUCUCUACAUGGAAAAGUUGGAGAUUGGCUUUACAGAAAGAAAUAGUUGUCAAUAUAGUCAGAAAGAGGAGGUCUUUCGCAAUAUUCUUACUCUUCAUUCGCUACUAGAAAAUCCUCCCGGAGACUUCCCAGAUAGUCUUAGGGAGGAUAUGGUCAAAGGAUUUUCUCGGAUUUUCUCACAUGUAAGAGAUGAAGGCAAAAUUUCACGUAAGCUCAUCGAGAGUGUAAAUAUAUUCUUGUUGAAGGAUGGUCCGAAUUUGGGAUCUCAGUCUUUGGAGCUCCAUAAUGCUAUGCAGCAAUUUGUGUUGCAGUGUUGGCUGACAACCCAUGACCGUGGUCUAAAGGAUGCACUUAUAUUUUAUUCUAGGCUACAGCUGAAUUUAACCAGAGGAGUUGCUGAUGGAAGUGGGGUGGUAGAACAACUUCUGGACAUAGUAUGCAGGGAACUUGACCAGAGUAGUUCAUCCAGCUCUGGUACAUCAUGGGCUGACACGAAGGAUGAUAUGCUAGGAAUGUUGAGCACUUCACAAUUUGGUCUAGUGGAGCUCGCGGCAUUUCUGUUUUAUCGG